AUGCGUAGAGAGCAGCUCAUCGCUCGUUUGAUCGACGGAUUCCACCGCCACGAUCAGUUCCGCCGCUCGCUGAUUUACAUUUACGGCUCGAGCAAUAACGGGUUCGGCACGGAGGGCAGCGACGUGGAUCUCUGUUUCGUGGAUCCACUCCAUUAUCUCCAUUCUCGAGGAAAUGCAGCUUCAAGAGAUCGACAACUCGCGCCUCCGCGCGCGAAUCCCGGUCAUUCGCUUCGUGGAUCCCACCUCCCAGCUCCAGUGCGACCUCUGCUUCAACAACAUCCUCCCCAUCCGCAACACGCUCCUCCUCAAAACCUACUCCUCCAUCGAUCCGCGCGUCCGCAUUCUCGGGCUCAUCAUCAAAAAAUGGGCGAAGACCAACUACAUCAACAACCCCGCGCACAAGACGCUCAGCUCCUACGGAUACAUCCUCAUGCUCAUCCACUUCCUGCAGAGCGCCGUCAGCCCGCCCCUCCUCCCCAUCCUCCAAGUUUUUUUUUCUUUCCCGCCCCUCACCCCCAGGAACUCCCGCCCGACUGGGAUGGCGGCCCAGUCCCGCGGAACACGCGUCGGCCGCAGAUCCCCAUCAAGAGCUACCAGCAGUCCGUGUACGACACCUAUUUCUACUGCCCGAAGCACCUGGACCUGCUGUGCCGGUACGCGAAGCAGAACACGAUGACGGUGGGCGAGCUGCUGCUGAAGUUUUUUUAUUUCUACGCGUUCGAGUUCGAUUACUACCACGCCGUGGUGUCUGUGCGACAGAGGGGCUUCCUCGACCGCGAGGAGAAGUGCUGGCGCUGUCUGUGGAAGAUGCAGAUGCAGCUGUGCAUCGAAGACCCGUUCGAGGAUGAUUACGAUGUUGCCCAUGUGAUCACUCCGCAUACCAGCCAGAUUAUUUUGCAGUGCUUUGCAAAGACGUACUCUGUGCUGCUGGAGAAGCAGAAUGAGUUGAAUGAUUAUUCGAGCGCAGAUCUAAUUGACGAGAUUUUUAAUUUGCAGCAGUACUAAAUGGGAUUUUGUGAAUAAGCCUAUUCAAUGUAUUAUUCUUUCAGUGGUUCUGCUUUUGCUGGUGUUCUCUAUUUUCCCUUGUGCUCGAUUCGUACCCCUCCCACUCGCGUUCUGUUAUUAUUCAAUUUGUUUUGGUUAAUUCGUU